CGCAAGGUGGCAGACGCUACUGAUUUCCUGUCACCUGGUGUCCAUCGGAGACACCAGCCCCAGGCCUGGUCUGUCUCACUCACCCUCCACGACCCGAGAAAGCAGAGGCAGCGUUCCGAACUGAGCCGCAAACAUCCCAAUCAGCCCUCGAGCCUCGAAGCCUCAGAGAGUCAGGAGUGCUGAGAACAAAAUGAUAACACCUCGAAAUUCCAUGAAUGGAGCUUUCCCAGCAGAGCCUCCAAAGGGCCCUAUUUCUAUGCAACCUGCUCAAAAAGUAAACUUGCAGAGGAUGUCAGCAGUGGGCCCCACACAGAGCUUCUUCAUAAAGGAAUCCAAGGCUCUAGGCGCCGUCCAGAUCAUGAACGGGCUCUUCCACCUUGCGCUGGGGGGCCUGCUGAUGAUCCCCACAGGUGUCCACGGACCCAUCUGUGUGGCUGUGUGGUACCCUCUCUGGGGAGGCAUUCUGUUCAUUGUUUCUGGAUCACUCCUGGUAGCUGCAGAGAAGACUUCCAGGAAGAGUCUGAUCAGAGUGAAAGUGAUCAUGAACUCGUUGACUCUCUUCGCGGCCAUUUCUGGAAUAAUCCUCUUGAUCAUGGACAUACUUAAUAUUAAACUUUCCCAUUUUUUAAAAAUGGAGAGGCUGGUUCUCAUUAAGACUCCCGUGCCAUACAUCAACAUAUACAACUGUGAGGAAAACUUGCCGGCCAAGCAGUACUGUUACCACAUACAGUCUGUGUUCCUGGGCAUUCUGUCAGUGAUGCUGCUCUUCGCCGUCUUCCAGAAGCUUGUGGCGGCUGGCAUUGUCGAGAAUGAAUGGAAAAGACUGUGCUCAAGACCCAAAGCCAACGUGGUUUUGCUGUCAGCUGAAGAGAAAAAAGAGCAGACAGUUGAAGUAAAGGAAGAGAUGGUUGAACUAAUUGAAGUGUCUUCCCAACCAAAACAUGAGGAAGAGAUUGAAAUUAUUCCAGUCCAAGAAGAGGAGGAAGAAACUGAAGUCAACUUUCCAGAACCUCCGCAAGACCAGGAGUCCUCCGCAGUAGAGGAUGAUAACUCGCCCUAAACUAUUUUCUCUGCUUCCUUUUUUUCUAAUUGCUAUUGUCUUCCCUAUAUAAGAACCUGAAAGAGUAAGUAAGAUCCAAUAUGUACCAUGAAAGGAAAGAAGCCCGCCUCUGCUUCCUGUUUCCACUCUUCAGGCACUAGGGCCUAUGGCUUCCAGCCACCGCUGAUCUAUGGAGAUCUUCCACAUCUCUUUUCCAUAUUUGCAUGUGUUUCCCGAGAGCCUCUGGUCUCUCUUAUUAUUCAGAAUGCAGCAAAUGUAGCUGGUAUUUUUGCAAUGUUUCUUGUUCACAGCAUCUUUCCUAUGUGGGAAAGAGGCAGAAUAAAU